UUGAAACUCGUUUAGAGAGGGUUUAGCUUCGCUGUGGGAGCGGAGCAGUCGGUGCGUGCCUUUGUGCACAUAGACACAGCCUUUAGAUGGCUUGGUAGGCCGCGCUUGGGCGUAUGUUUGCGAGGAGACGGGGAAGCGGGUUGAACGAAUUGAGCUUGUUCAGGUAACAAGGAGAAAAUGCGGCGGAGAGUGGCGUGGAGAGCAGCGGAGCUGCUGUUGGGCCGCGGCGGCGGCGGAGCUGCGAGGAUGACCGGACUCCGGCUGCUCCCAUCGGCCACAAAAACACCUGCUGUGGAAAACGGCAUUCAACAAAGAUUCCGGUCCACGUCCUCGAUGUCGACUUACUCCGAGCUGGCAAGAGAGAGAUCGAAAACCGUCACGUCUUUCUACAACCAGUCUGCUAUUGAUGUGUCUGCGGAAAAGCCUUCUGUCAGACUCACACCUGGCACCUUACUCUAUGCCGGCAAAUCUCCAGAUGGAAACCAUAUCCUGAGCAGCGCAAGAUACCUACAUAAAGAGCUGCCUGUGCGCAUCGCUCACCGUAUUAAAGGUUUCCGCAGCCUGCCCUUCAUUAUCGGAUGUAACCCCACCAUCCUGCAAGUGCAUGAGCUUUAUAUCCGGGCCUAUCACAUGCUGAGUGAUUUUCCAGCAAUUACAGACCAAGACACAGAAGCUCGCUACAGCAAGCUUGUUCAGCAGCUCCUCGAUGAUCAUAAAGAUGUGGUCACCCUGCUCGCAGAAGGAUUUAGGGAGUGUCGCAAACACAUUCAGGAUGAGACGCUGGUUCGUAAUUUCCUGGACACCACACUGACGUCUCGUCUGGGCAUUCGCAUGCUGGCCACACACCAUCUCGCCCUGCAUGAAGAAAAUCCCGACUACGUGGGCAUUGUCUGCAGACGUCUGUCCCCUAAAAAGAUCAUCGAGAAGUGGGUAGACUUUGCAAGGAGACUGUGUGAGCACCAGUAUGGAAAUUCUCCACGCGUUCGCAUCAAUGGUCACGUGGCUGCCCGCUUCCCAUUCAUCCCUCUUCCCCUGGACUACAUCCUGCCCGAGCUACUGAAGAAUGCCAUGAGGGCCACGAUGGAGAGCCACUUGGACACUCCUUACAACGUCCCGGACGUAGUGGUAACCAUCGCUAACAACGAUACUGACUUUGUUAUACGGAUCUCGGACCGGGGCGGAGGCAUCCCUCACAGCAUCAUGGAUAAAGUGAUGGAUUACCACUUCAGCACGGCCGAGCAGAGCACGCAGGACCCGCGCAUGAGCAACCUCUUCAACACCAUGACCAACAGCGGCCCUCAGUCAGGCCCCAUGCACGGGUUUGGUUUUGGCCUGCCCACCUCCAGAGCAUACGCUGAAUAUCUGGGCGGCUCGCUGGCCCUUCAGUCCAUGCAGGGAAUCGGCACCGACGUCUACCUGCGCCUGCGCCACAUCGACGGGAAAGGAGAGAGCUUUCGGGUGUGACGCAGCAGCCGUAAUCCCGCCAAUCACCACGAGAGUUUGUAUUUUCCACCCAAGGCCUAGAAGCUUCAUUGUUCUCAUCUUCACUGACAUUGCUUCCUGUCCGUUUUUCUUUUUUUUUUCUUUUUUGCAUGAAAGCAUCUGAAGUAAAGGAAGAAAAAAGACUUGAAUGUGUUUUAGAGAAGAAUUUUGAAGUUACAGAAGAGAAAUUCAUCUGGAAGAUGGCACAUUUGGAUAAGAAUUGAACUCAUGAAGGGGCUUGCAGCUCUUUGCGGUGACUAAGUGAUGGUGCUCAUGGGUACAGAUGCAGAACGUAACCGUAUCAACAGCCUUACAGAAACAACUAGCCUGAGUAGCCCAUUGUGGAAUUAUUACUGUUUGAAAAAUUCACAUAUUUCUCCCCACAAGCUUUUGUUUUUAUUUAGGAGACAAUGUUUAAAAAAAAAUUCAGGGUCUUUUUUUUUUUUUUUUUUUUUUUGUGAGUGUAUGUCCUGUUUGUCAUUCUUUCCAGGUUUUCGAUUAUUAAAAGGUAUACUGAAGUAACAGUUAUUCAUAUUUGAAGAUCCUCUUCUUCAGGUGUCCUCCUGUAUAUGUGGCCUGCUUCAACUCACAUUCCAGUAGUCAGUUGUGAAAUAUAGGACGUUUUUGGAGUUUCAGGUUAGGUUUAAUAUAAUAGCAUUAAUCACAGCAGGCCAGGCUGUAUUACCACCACUGGAAAAUGACUGUAGUGUAUAACACAGAUUUGAACCUAUGGAGGAUUUUAUUUGAGAAAUGGCCUGAGUAAAAAUUAUAUUGUAGUCAGAACAUGCAUGUUGAAGGACUGACGUUUGUAUUUUUCGUUGUUUGUUUUUUGUCCGAUUUUGCCCUCUACAGGGUAAAGACUAGUAUUACUGACGAACCUACGUAUAUUUCAUUAUUGUGUACAAAGCUAUGACCUAAUCUGCACAUGGCCAAAUGAUGGUGUGAGGUGUCCAGAAUGAUGUCAAGUCAAGGAUGGGAUCAUUUUUAUUAAAUUUUUAUUUGUUGCUGUUUUUUGUUUGUUUAUUUUAUUUCCCCUUUAUAGAUGCCAAAUAUGCAUAGUUUAUGGGCAUUAUAAAAAAAAAAAAAAAAAUCCAGAUUGAGCAACCAUCUGCUUAAUCUGUGGUUUUCUUUUUUCCAUCACUAACCUUUAGUCCAAACCGUGUCUCUAGAGAUAUUUCAAGUAAAGUAGAAAACCUUGGAAUAUGCAGGAGUGCACGGUUAAAGGAGAAUAAUCAAACGGAGAUACUGUUCUGAGUCUGAGCCAGUGUCUUCGUUUUAAUUCCUCUUCUACAUACAUUAUACUUUUGCAUAAUUGAUUCGUUUAUAGUUCCAGUGAAAUGUUGGCAAAUGUCUAAAUGAGUUCCUGUUAUCGUUUCUGUUCAAAGUGAUGUGUUCUAACCGAUCGAAACGGUUCUCCUCUCACCAGCCUUUCAUUAUAUUUGUCUGUUGAAGUUAAUAAAAACAAGUGUUCCUAAGAAA